UUCAGUGUCUGUUGCAUCGUUGUGGUCUCUGCGGAAGCAGUACUUUGAAAAAUGGCGGACGAAAACGAGGAUCAAUGGUUAUACGGCGAUUCCGUUGAUGAAAAAGAUGGUUUCCAUGAGAAUCCUGACAGUCAACCCGCCGAAAAUGAGGCGAUUUUUAAUCCUAAGGAAGAGCCGCCCUACCAACAGAACGAGGAUGCUCAAGAUGGUAUGGAAGAUCAACAACAUGAAAUGCAGCAGUCGGUGGAAGACGGAGGUGAUACAGGUACUGGGCAAGAUGAUUACGAUCAGGACCAAGAGAACGAUCAAGAACAGCAACAGCAGCGAAGCCAGGAAGAGAACUCCAUGACCAAUGAAAUGCAAGAAAAUGGCACAAAUGAUAGUCAGAAUCACGAAGAUGGAGAGAGAUCAGACUCUGACUCAGACGAUGAUGUACAUGUCGUUAUUGGUGAUAUCAAGUCAGCUCCAGCUCAGUACAGUGGUCUGAAUAUCAAACGUACGGGCAAUUUGAUUACUUCUUCAACGGGAGGACCAGAGAAGUCAAAACAACAGCCUGGAAAAUUUAGUAUUGAUGAGUUUGAAACUAUGGGGAGUAUCAAUGGCAUACCAGCUCAUGAAUACAACCUUGAUACACUCGAAGAUAAGCCAUGGAGACAACCAGGAGCUGACAUCACAGAUUAUUUCAAUUAUGGUUUCAAUGAAGAGACAUGGCGGGCAUAUUGUGAGCGGCAGAAGCGCAUGAGAAGCGAGUCAGGUGCUGGUCUGAUACUCAACUCAGGUACUGGUGGACCUGGAGGUGUACCUGGUGGACCUCCAGGAUCAAGGAUACCACAAGUCACCAUAACAAAUUACAAUAGCAAGUACUCUGGUGUAACAGGGCCGAAGAGAGCAGGCCCACCACCUGGACGUAAGAUGGCAGGAACAAUAGAUGUCAUUGGUAGCUCAGGCUUAGGAUCAAGGAGAGGUAGCGAAAAGUCACCACCAAAAGAGAAUGUAAUUCAAGUAAUGACUGGUGAUAGGAGAGAAUAUUCUCGUAAGCAAACUGCAGCAUUCCCUGAUAUGAGUGUACCACCUCCUGGUCCACCUUUACCAGCUUCUUUCGACAUGCCUCCACCUGGUUAUCCAGAACCAGCUCCUUACUUUGUUCCGGAGCCUGAUCCCUAUUAUCACAACAGCUACGAACCUACACAAGACAGGGCUUGGGGUGACAAUCCCUCUUGGCAGUCAGCAAGUGUCAACAUUUCGCUGGCGGGUGGUGAUGAUAAAGAUCACAAAUCGAUGGUGCCACCGUCGAUGCCUCCAAUGAUGCGAGAAGGAAGGGACCGAGACAGAGAUAGAGAGCGAGACAGAGGCAGAGAUCGCGACAGAGACUACGAAGAGUCGAUGAUGCGCGAUCGGGACAGAGAACGUGAUCGGGACCGUGAUAGAGACAGAGACAAGGAAUCAAGGCGAGAAGAGAGAGACAUAGAGUCCUCAGCGAGAGACGAAGAGCGUGAACGUGACAGAUCACGAUCACAAUAUAGACACAAAGAGAGUCGUCACCGGCAUCGCUCUAGGUCAAAGUCCAGGCGUCACAGGUCACGAUCAAGGAGUCAAAGCAGGCGUAAAAAGAAGUCAAGACGCUCGGAGAGAGAAAGAUCCAAGGAGGAAAGUGAAUGAAAUGUACAGUUAUCAGUUACAAUUUUUUUCUUUUGUACGCGCAUUUGUAACCGAAAAAAAACGAGUAUUGACUCAUAGCUGAUUAUUUUUAACUUUAUUUAUAGAAGAAAUAAUGAAUGUUAGUUCAUCCGACUACAUGCUGUCGCAGACUCACCGUUGUUUCAUAUGUUUAUAUAAAAACUUUACCUUCUUGUAGUUGUAAGUUAAUUAAGUUAUACGUGAUUUACACAGUGAUACUGUGGUAGGUGAUCCUGUAAUUUGUAAAUAAGCGCAGAACAAUUAUGAAGUAAUCACUUUUCCAAUAAAUAUCAUUGGACACUGAUGAAAGUCUUGAACUUCAAUUUUUUCACUUUUAUAAUUAGUUUUAGUUAGUUUUUAAGAGAUCUCUAAUCCUGCGUACAGUAGUCUGCGUACUACUCUAGAGGUUCUUUUUUUGCAGAGCUUCUUAAUAAGAGUUUGCAUGUUAGUUUAUAACUUUAUGGAGUACAAUAAAAAGAAAUAAAAAUAA